AUGGUGCCCUACAGCGUGAUGGUGGAGAGCAUUGUCACAACUGGAACCUCAGUUUCAUUUUAUGUUCUUCUAUAUAACCUCCUUGUUUCAGAUUCUGCUCAGCUUUCAGUGACUCAGGUCCUGUUUCUCCUUGCUCUGUGUCGAGUUAGAUUAACGUAUGCCGUUUGUGGUACCAUCACUACUGUGGCCAAUCUCACAUCAGGAAUUUCUCUUCUGACACUGGUGAUAAUGUCUUUGGAGAGAUUUGUGGCUGUUUGUUACCCACUGAGGCACGCUUCCAUUAUCACCAUCAAAAACACAGCAGUGGCCAUUGUGGCAGUCUGCGCUGUCAGUUCACUAAAUAAUGUCACUAGAAGUCUGUUUUUGAUAGAAUACCCAUAUGAAACGUUCGGGAAAGUCUUGAUGAAAGACUAUUGCACAUACGUUGGCUGGAUUCCCAAUUCGCUGUCUGAUUAUUAUGACAAAGCAUACAACGCUGUGGUAUUUGUUUCAGCCGGUUUGACUGUAAUUUCCUCGUAUACUGGAGUUGUAAUAGCAGCCAGGGCAGCUUCUGCAGAUAAAGCAUCUGCCCUGAAAGCUCGUAAGACACUUCUGCUGCACCUGGUUCAGCUCUUCCUCAGUCUGUCUUAUACCCUUUACUACCCACUGCUCUCAGCUCUUGCAAAGAUUGUACGAAGGAUAGUAUUUGUAUGGGUCCGGGAAGUUAUUUAUGUGCUUUUUAUCAUCUUACCCAGAUGUUUGACUUCUUUAAUUUAUGGCCUGAGAGAUCAGACCAUCAGACCUGUUCUAUUGCACUAUCUAUUUUGCAGAUGGAAACUCAGUUGA